GCUCUUGCUCCCCUUGCUCCGCGCUCCCGGGCGGCUGUGGGUCGGCGCCGCGGAGACGCAGCCCGCCGCCGCCGCUUUCUCCCAGUAUUCUUGCACUUGGUCUGGAUUCAUUGCAUUGAGAAAAUAGAGAAGAGCACUGAAAAUGAAUAAGGAAGAAUAGCAUUGAAGAGAUCACGGAGUCCCAUGUUUUCAUUUUAUGAAGAAAAUGAAGCCGGCAGAAUUAAAUAGCUUAGCCAAAGCUAAAAGACAAUGAAAGAAUAAAAUAAUAUUCAAUUUCAAAUCUCCAAACUCCAUAUCCAGUGUUUUCCACCAUGCCCAUUGCCAAGAGAACAAGAAUGCAGAAGAAAGGGACUCCUGCUGAGGAGAUCCUAAAUGACAAUAUCAAAAUUAAUGUGACUACCCUGGAAGAUGAUGGGGAACUCCAUGAAAAACAGGUUUUCCUUAAUAUUAUUUAUGAGAAUGGGCAAAUAUAUGUAACUGACUUCCCCCUAAAGAAUGGAGUAACCCGAAUAAGGGGUGAGACCUUCAUAGUGGAAGGUGAAAAUUCAGAAAAUCUGAAGGUCGAGGGAUAUUUUGGAACUGUCAGUGUACGGAUAUUAGUUCAUCAGUGGCCUCUGGCAUCUAGUUCCAAUGUACAAAUGAUUGCCAUCCAAGAAGAAGUAGUAGAGAUUGAUGGGAAGCAAGCUCAACAAAAGGAUGUGAUUGAAAUUGGUAUUUUAGUUAAGAACCAGAGAAUCCAGAGACGUUCAAAUUAUACCAUUCCUUUGGAGGAAAGCAUACUGUAUUCUAUUCCUAGAGACAAUGACGUCUUAUUUACACUUCCUAAUCUCUCAAGAAAAGAUAGUCCCAGUCUAUUACAGACAACCAGUCAGUACCUUAUCAGGAACAUGGAAACGACCAUAAAUGAAGACCCAUUGCCUGGCAAAUUACCAGAGACUCCACUUAGAGCAGAGCCUCCAUCUUCAUGUAAGAUUAUUUGCCAAUUGAUGGAGGAUUUCAGAAAACAUAUGUGUAAAUUCUGGACCAACAUUUUCCCAGUACUUUUUAUGUUUAUGAACAUCACAAUGCUUGGAAUUAUAGGAGCAGCUAUAGUAAUAGCCAUCUUAAAGCUGCUUUUUCCUAAUUCUGAAUCCAAGGGAAUUCUUCACUUGGAUAAAGUGAGCUACCAUAGGUACUAUCCUAUUAAUUUCUUAGAGACGACAGAGAAAUCAAAGGACAGUCUUGAAGAGAAGAUAUGUAUUUAACACAUCCUUAUCCCAUUUUUUCACUGUGGAAUUUACUUGGUUCAUAAUUUCCAAUCAUUUAAUGAAAAAGUAUAAGUCAAAUAAGAAAUGGAAAUAUUUUGAAAACUAAUGCCACAACUUAGCUUGGCCCUCUAAGAGAUAUUGAAGAAUAAGGAUAUAAUAUAUGAAAUUGCCUCACUGGUAAUGUCAGAUAUGACUUCCUAAGGAAUGAGAAAAUGGUAAAAUUAACCAAACUGAAAUAGGAUAUAUAGACUUGCAGUACAUUUUGCUUGUAUACCAAAAAAAAAAAAAAAAAAAAAA